CCGGGUACCUGGCCGUCCACCUCACCUGCGCGGAGGGCGGGCCGGGCGCACCUGCGCGGGCGGGAGGCGGGCCCGGGGAGCAGCCGUCGAACCGGGAGAACGCGCGCGCGCGCAGAGGCGGGAGAGGGGAGGCGCUGGCCCCCGGGCUGAGACCCCGCCGCGGGUGCCCGGCCGAGCUCUCGCCAUGACCUGGAGCGCCACAGCGCGGGGCGCGCACCAGCCCGACAACACGGCCUUCACGCAGCAGCGUCUCCCGGCCUGGCAGCCGCUGCUCUCGGCCGGCAUCACGCUGCCUCUCUUCUUCUGCGCCGGCCUGGCUUUCAUCGGCCUGGGCCUGGGCCUCUUCUACUCCUCCAACGGCAUCAAGGAGCUGGAGUACGACUACACCGGCGACGGCGGCACCGGCAACUGCUCGCUGUGCGCUGCCGAGGGCCAGGGCCGCGCGCCGCCGCCCAACUGCUCGUGCGCCUGGUACUUCUCGCUGCCCGAGCUCUUCCCGGGCCCCGUCUACCUCUACUACGAGCUGUCCAACUUCUACCAAAACAACCGACGCUACGGCGUGUCCCGCGACGACGCGCAGCUCAGCGGCCUGGUCAGCGCGCUACGCCACCCGGCCAACGAGUGCGCCCCCUACCAGCUCAGUGCCACCGGCCUGCCCAUCGCGCCCUGCGGCGCCAUCGCCAACAGCCUCUUUAACGACUCCUUCACGCUGUGGCACCAGCGCCAGCCCGGGGGACCCUACGUCGAGGUGCCUCUCGAUCGCACCGCCAUCGCCUGGUGGACCGACUACCACGUCAAGUUCCGCAACCCGCCCCUGGUGAACGGCAGCCUGGCGCUGGCUUUCCGCGGCACGGCGCCGCCGCCCAAUUGGCACCGGCCGGUUUACGAUCUCAGUCCCGAUCCCAACAACACCGGCUUCAUCAACCAGGACUUCGUGGUGUGGAUGCGCACGGCGGCGCUGCCCACCUUUCGCAAGCUGUACGCGCGCAUCCGUCAGGGCAAUUACUCGGCCGGCCUGCCCCGGGGUGCCUACCGUGUCAACAUCACCUACAACUACCCAGUGCGCGCCUUCGGCGGCCACAAGCUCAUCAUCUUAAGCAACAUCUCAUGGAUGGGUGGCAAGAACCCUUUCCUGGGCAUCGCCUACCUGGUCGUCGGCUCCCUCUGCAUCCUCAUGGGCUUUGUCAUGCUGGUCGUCUACAUUCGCUACCAGGACCAGGACGAUGAUGACAACGAUGAUGAGUGAUACUGCUUCCCAAAGACCCCUUCCUGCUUCUUGGCCAAGCCGCUUUUAGCCGUGGCCUUUCGCUCCUUAAUACAACUUCAAGCUCACCGAUAGCCUCUUGUGGACGAAGGGCCUAGAGAAAGGAAUCACCCUCUUCCUUUUAGAGAUAACAAUACUGUUCCGGGGUUUUGGAUUGCCGAAUGCCCUAUCUUGCGAUUUCUUCCCAUCUCUCCCGUGGCUUUCCGAGUUGACAUGUCAGGUCCUUAAAGUUGUGGCAUUCCAAAAGGCAGAGGAGAUCCCUGGACUGAAACUCAUUAAGCCCAGCAGCCUGCAGUUGGAUCUUGAUUCUGAGUCUGAGCUUUUUCUUUGCCAGUAACACAAAUUUCUGGGAGGGAGGUAUAGGUGGGGGAGAGGGAGGGCUGAGAUAGAGUGUGGUGACCACUGGUGACCUGCAGAAGCUUGGAGGAGUGGGGAAAGCAUAUUUGAUAAAAUUUAAGUCGAUGAAGAGUCAUCAAACCUCUCAGGUUCUGAUCCAGGAAGGCCAGGAUGCACAGCCUUCCCUGUAGAGUCUCUGUACCUUUGACUUUGGGAAUCUUGAGUCAGGCUGGGCCUGAAACGCUCACCUGAGUUUGGUUUUUUUCCAGUAAUAAUUUGUUCCCGUGAACAGUGACAAUCACAGUACUCGGGAUUGGUCUUAAACAUAGGAAGCUUGCAAUUUGUGGAAUGAAUGAGAAAAAUUGCUAGCUCUGGGAAACUAGCAGGAGCGUGCCAACUCGUAAUUAAAUGUAAAGCAUUCUUCAGAAGGCACUAUGGAAAAACCUGAAAAUGCAAGGCCAGUUUGCAUGGCUCAGGGAGAAGAGUCUUAACCUUAGAAACUGAGAUGCAAAUGAUCUUAGCAGGAAGCUGUUUUCCUGGGACCCUGAGUGUCCCUUGCCUCUUUGCUCAGUUCCUUUUGAAUUAACGUUAUCAUUUUUUAAUGCUUAAAGGAAUAGUUUAAUUCAUUUGUGUCAUUUUCACGAAGAGCUAUCUUAAACACAGUUUUAAUUUAUGGGCAAAUGAAAUUCAUUGCUAGCGAUCAUGUUUAAAGAACGCAGAGGAUUAUAUUCUUACAUGCAAAAUAGACUCAGGAUUAUUUCAGCCUUAAUGGUAAAAUCAGUCAGCUGAUGUUGAUUCCCCACAAUUGAUUGAAAGCUAUAAAAUAAAGGUACAAUGAAGGGACAUUUAUUUUAAAACCCUCCUUUUAUGGAAUAAUAAUUUAAAGGAACUUGAAAAUAAAAUUUCCCAUGAUACCAUCUCCCAGAUUUCCUGAAGAGAACAGUUAACGUGGUGUGGUCCCGGCUCCCAGUGCAGUUAUUUCCAGGUUAUCGAUAUAUUUGCCUUCCCAAAAGGCCGCACAAGGUCUUGCAGUAUGUUUUUGUUUUUAUGGCAGUCAAGCAUUGAGUUACAGUGAGCAAUUUCCAUGCACUCUCUUGUUCUGUUGUAGCUGAUUGCUUGUGGAUGCACAGCAUGUCUAAGAUUCAAAACUGAAAAUCAUCUUGUCUUGUUUUUAUGGAUGUCAGAAAAUUCUUUAGUAAUUCCAGUGUGCUGGCUUUCUGACUUCUGAAUGUGAUAAAAUUUAACAUCAGACCCCAGACUGUGAUUUUUGACUGAAAUGCUGAUCACUGCAUGGACUUUUAGAAAGUUUUAUUUAUUAUGCAUGCUUGGCUCGUCGGCUAGUGGGUUUGCUACAUUUUUUUCACUCUGUAGUUGAGGGUAACUAUGUAUUUUGCUAUCAUUUGUUCAACAUUAGUCUUUUGUUAUAACUUUUUAUGUGAGACCCUGAAACAUACAAUCCUGUGAUUAAACUGUAGUUCCAGGCCUUGUUUUCGAGGCUUUUGAAAGAGAAUAAAGGUUGUGUUUGUCUUUCUCUGUUAUCACAUUACUUAGCUCUUUUGACCUGUGAUCUUAAAGGCACAAACGGUACCAGCAUUUGCCUUGCGUUGCUAGCGGAGUGACUAGCAGAGAGACAUUGCAGCUGAAACAUCACCUUUCAGAACAAGAUUCAGUCAGCGUGAACUCAUUCUUUUAUGGCUAACUUCCGAAACAGCAUUUGGACUUACAUCUGCAUCCUGUGUUUGGAUUACAUGAUCCUCAAUUAUUGUUACAUCUGAUAGAUGGCCAUCUCUUUUCAAUUUUA